CUCUUAACUACCAGUGACUGGGCAUAAUCCUUGGCCGCGAUCUAUAACACUUAGCGCGCCAUGCGCAUGCCCCAAAAUGGCGAUCGUAGCAGGAUGUCGUUGGAGCACACUCGUUCAGUCACAAGCCAACCAACAAACUGGCGCUCUGUGAACCUGCGCGAUAAUGAGACAUGACAAGGUCGUGUUUCGGGCCGUCGCUCUGUGCGUCGUGUCGUUUGUGUUGCUGGAGUUUUACAUCAUCAGUCAGCUGAGACUCGGGAAGAGCAGCUCGGAUCAUAAAAUGCCGAAUGCGCUCAUCGCGGACACCAGACGUCUCAUCGCGGGAAUAAUGAACACGACUUACUUCACUGUGAAACCGAAUCCCGCGACUUUCGAGUGCCGGACGCCGCACCGCACCGACAAAAUCAGGCUGUACCGCGAAUUGCUCGGAAACUAUGACGUCAGUCACGUGCUUCCGGUGACGUCGUCGUUGUCUGAGCACGUGAGCGAAACGGGAGCUGAGCCGGGAGCCAUCCCGAACACGGCCCACUACGUGUGGUGCGGGGAAAAGCUCUUCCGGUUCGAGAACUACUUGGCGGUGCUGAGCGCCAUUAAGGUCUUGAAGCCGAUCAAGCUCGUGUUUCACUAUAACAAACUCCCGCUGAUCCUCGAACUGUACCACACGUGGUUCAACGAGUUGAGGCAGUCGUUCCCGAGUUUGGUCCUUCGACCGACGAGCCGCGUGCUGAACUGCGAUUCUCUGGAUUCUCUUAAUUUCGCCCUGGAGCAGUUGGCCUCCACCGUCGGGGGCGGUGUGUAUCUCGGCGAGAGGGCGGUAUUGACCUUUGUGCCGAGCGAAUGGAAACACCAGGAAUAUGUGACCUACUUAACGCCCGGAACAAACUCCAGUGACGAAGUCAUAGUGUUCGCAAGACAUGGAUUGGUUGAGCCAAACGUAACACUGAAUCAGUUUAAGGUGAGCCUACUCGGUGAACCGCACCAGUGCCUAUCCGUGAACGACUUCAACGAGCUGAUGAAGUCCCGAGGUGCCGUCGAUCCCGAGAAAUGGCCAGAUGACGUCAUCUCCCCGUGUCUGGUCGCGCCGAAAGAGCUUUACCCGUUCAACAUCUCCGACAACACAACGCCGUUCGGUGGCGUGGCCAGGAUUCUGUUUUACGGCAAGUCAGACCUCCUGAUACCCAAACCAAGCGAGGUAGGAAUUCUGAAUUUUGUCAAUUUUUUUUAUUUAUUUUUUUUUAAUUCGCUAAUUUUGUGUAUUCUUUGUUCGUAUUCAGUACCACACCCGAAGUACAGGUUUAUCUAUCCGACUCUUAAACAUGGCUUUAAAUAUCUGCUGUCACGCGUCGUUGACGGGGAAACGAAAGGCCCGUGGGUCAUUUCAUGUCGUUGUUUGAUCUCAUGACAUCAUCUGCAGUAGAGUAGAAUUGUUGCUACAUACAAAAUAGUGUAUACACAAAUCACGAUGUACGAUUGUAAAAAGAAACCUCCUGUAACCGGGGUAUAAAUGGAAAGAAUUACAUUUAGGAACAAAAAAGGAGAGUGGGUGAGAGAGAGUGAAAUAGAGACAAGGGUAUGAGGUGAUUAGAGAUAUUUUAAAGCUAAUGCAACGAAAAAAAAAUUUUUUUAAGGUUUUCAUAAACAAAAUGGCUUAGUAUAUUUUUAAAGCUUAAAGCUGAACUCAAAAAUUGUUUUCUAAAUGUUCUUAUUUUAUACAAGAAAUAAAAACUUUACUUUAAAUUCAAUACCCAGCAGACCCUGUAUCGAAAGUCUUUACUGAUUUACGGUUCAAUAACCAGCAGACGCUGUAUCGAAAGUCUUCACUGAUUUACGGUUCAAUAACCACCAGACGCUGUAUCGGGGGUCUUCACUGAUUUACGGUUCAAUAACCAGUAGACGCUGUAUCGAAAGUCUUCACUGAUUUACUGGAUGUUGUUUUCCUCUGGAUUCAGGACCCAGCAGAUUUCAUUCCCGCCGUAGUCCACAUGAUCACAUUGAAACCAGACGUUAACAACGAUUCCUACUGGAGCUUCCACAGCUACCUCAGCGUCCUCUCAGCGCUUUAUGUUGGAGGAUUUCACAGGUGAGAGCAGUACAAUCCCAUGAGGUCAGAGGUAAGUGGUGUAGAUAAAAAUAUCACAAGUAGUGUGGUUGCAUUUUGUGAGCUCAUGGGUAAGUAAGAGUGGACGCCUCUGAUUUCACGGUUAAGUGGAAUUUAAGCCUCUGAUUUCGCAGGUAAGUAGAGUGGAUGUAUCACAUUUCACAGACUUUUAAAAUUGUUCCAAAUAAAUAUAUAGCUAAUAUAUAUAUAAACCGUAAUAUAAUAAUUCGAUCAGUGGAUAUUUACCGUAAUUACAUUACGCUUUAAAAAAGAAUCCCAGUCUUUGCGUAGGUUUUUGAUUCACUUUAAGGAACACUUUUGGUACUCCAAGAGUUUAAAAGGGAGACGACAUUCGUAUAUAAAUAGCUGUUUUUAAUUGACCACAAAGGAUUUUGACAACUAACUGAGCCGCGUGAAAGCCAAGCAUGACGUGGAGUCUAUACGACAUACUGUGUAGGGUCUACUACAAAAGAUACAUCAUCUGCCAAACCCUUCAUAGAGUCGUGCGACGACCUGCAUAGGGUAUGGCACGAGUUACAUAGGGUCCAGUACGACAUACAAACUAUAUAGCUUCUGCCACACUCUCCAGAGAGUAAUGCGACGACCUGCAUAGGGUAUGGCACGUACUAUUUGGGUCCACUAUGACAUAUAAACUAUAUAGCUUCUGCCACAACCUCCAUAGAGUCAUGCGACGACCUGCAUAGGGUACGGCACGAGCUACACAGGGUCCACUACGACAUACAAACUAUAUAGCUUCUGCCACAACCUCCAUAGAGUCAUGUCACGACCCCCACCUAGUGUACCACGCACUGCGUAUCUUGGGCUACACCAGGUUUCUCGCUAGCUGACUAAAAGAAGGAAGUCGGUACAUAGAUUCCUUCUGGGCAAUAAUAAGGGUCUGCUAUGUACUACGUAGCUUGAGACACACCCGCGGUCUAGCUAGCCGAAUGAAAGAAGAGACGCGGGUCGGGGUGCUGCUGAUCGGUGCCGGGGCACCUGUUGCGGUCAAUCGACACGGUCGACUGGAUCUCAACUUUAGCCGCCUACCGUAAGACUCAACACGCAUCUUUGUGCCGCGUUUGACCCUUAACUGUCAUCGGUGAGUUCAUGGUUAGAACCUACACUAUUUCUGGAGACAUUGCAGUGACACCCAGAGCACACGACCGUAUAUUAGGUUAUAGCUAUAUUACGUCAUCUUGCCACAAAUACUGCAACUAUACGAAUGAAUCAUGAGGACCAUUAUAACGACAAGGAAACGAAUUAAUUUAAAUACUGUUGGUUUCUUAAAAUAAAUGAUGGUGAUUUUUUAAAUAUUUUUUUUUACAAAAAUCUUAUCCGAGUAAGAACAUUGGGAUAAUCAAUAAAUUGUUAUCUCAGAAAUAUUUUUUUUACAUCAUUAUCCCAUUUAUCGGGAAAACCCAAACAUCUGCUUUUCUUUUUCUUUUUUUAUUGCUUUGUUAAUCUUGCGAAAUUAAAUUAAUUUCUUUUUUAACAAAAGAUCGGAAAACUUUAUCAAAAAAUUUUUUCGCUUGAUCUUAAAGAAAAAACAAAAUUGGAAUAAUCUUAUAGAAACAGAACUUAAACUCACAAAUCAUAAGCCUUAUCUUUUGUUUAUUUAAUAACAGCGUCAAACGAAACUGAUUAUGGCUUUUCCCUUUUAAAAAAAAAUUAAAUUACCAAACAUAAUUGAUUCAAUUUUAAAUUGCUAAUACUAAAAGUUUUAGCUUUAUAUUCGUAACAUAUUUUUUUCAUUUUAAAAAAAAUGUGCUUCCUUUCAAUUUUUAAUAUCAUAAAAACUUAACGUUUAAAAAUAUUCACAAUGUCAUCUUCUAAUGUCAAUAUCUGACCAACCAAGUUUUCUUACAGACUUGAUCUUUGGUAGAUAUUUUAAUGUUAAAAUUAUAAAUAUAUAUAUAUAUAUAAAUAUAUUAAAAAAAGAACAUUUCAAUACAUUGAUGUAUACGAAACAGGGGGGGGGGGGGGUGUAGGAUUGUUAUAACUUUCAAGGGCUCCCCCCAAAAAAUGAGUGGUUGCGUACGCAAAAGGGCAACCAUCCUGUGGAUGAUUGAUCACCUUUGAUUCAAACCUGUUUGUCGAUGGGAUUUGAUGCUUUUUGUUUUGCCCCAUUCAGAACAAGAUACGCUUAAGAUUGGUCAUCAUCAUCAUCAGUGGCGGUACAGCCCAUGUAGCCUGAUUCUACAAUUCGGAUCGCCCCCAAUUCGCGACGCCCCAACUGGAAUAAGUCCAUACAAGAGUGAAUUCGAAAAAGAGUGAAUUCGAUAAAUAAUUAACCUUUCUCGGUAAAGGCGUACCAGUUUGGAGGGGGGGGGGGUGGGGUUGUAGUAGAUCUUGUCCAUUUUACGUGGAUAACACUAUAUAUAAAUGCAAAGAUAUUACAGUCGUUAAAAGUGUGUGUCUUUUCUUUAAAUAAAUAUAUGUUACACCAAUUUAAAAAAAGAAAUAUUGUUCAUGAGCUAUGACAAACGUGUGGUGAAUUCCCAUAAUUAUAUCCAUACCCUAAACAAGAAAACUGAAAACCCAAUCUUUUUACACGUUGGCCCUCAUCUACAGAGUGUAUGUUCAUGGUGAUAUCGUCCCGACAGGUGAGUGGUGGGACAAGCUGACCAGGGAGAACGUCACCUUCGUUUAUGUAAGUCAUUAGUAGGUUCUCUUCAUUUUUUUUCUUCUUUAAUUUAAAAAAAAAAUUAAAAAAAAAAUAUGUUACUUACCCCACGAUUGGUGGGUGAUGGAAGAGAAGGAGCGGGCCUGGAAAUCAACGUUUGAUGUAAUAUAAGAUACACUACUAUUCUUUUAUUGUUCCUAAGAAAUGUGCAUGCAUUUUUAAUGACAUAAUACAUAUGAUUUAAGAUGACCAUUUAGCCCCGAUAUAACGUGAUAAUUGUGGAACAUAAAAUGGGAACGCGAUAAGAGUGGGGGGAUCAUGUUGAUGCGUUAUUUUACACUGUCUGGGAUGAACUAGCGUUGAGAUUGGUUAGAAGUUGGACAAUUUAAGAAUUCAUUUUUUUUAAAAACACAUUUUUUUUUCUUGUAUCACUUGUGGUUAGAUAAUUAUAUGGUUUUGAAUUUGGAGUAGUCUAUGUGCAUCUUGGAUAUUUGUUAAAAACACUUACUUCUGAGGAAUUUGAAGGGAAGAAACGCGAAUGAAUAUAAGGAAUUAGAGCAGCCAUGGACUUUGAUAGUGUUAUUCCGGAAUUCACGCUGGUGUGAUAAUAAGACGUGCUACAGACGCAGCGAUGGUCAAGCAAACUGGCUGCCCGACCAGUGAUUCGAUGCACACAGAAAAUAUUUUUUUUUUAAAAUUAACGCUAAAAAAAUUUCACUAAAUCGGCGGCGGUGUCGUAUCAUUGGCGCCAUGGUGCCUCUCUAAGCUUCAAUACCCGCUGCGGUUGGGUAAAGAUUUUUUAACGAUUCAAUAGGCAGUGGUGAAUAAUGCUUUCCAGUAAAGGACGUCUCUAACCGUGCCAUAAUAAAUAAAAUGAGGUAUCUGAAAUAAGAUUUGACAAGACCAUUGUGAUCCUUGAAAAAACACGUGUUUCGGGGCAUAUAAUUAUUGUUCAGGUCUUUGACAAAAGACGUGUUUGGCUGACACAUUUUCUGCUGGUCAACAGGUGCAGAACGUGGAGACGGUGUUCCAGAAUCCGGUCAAACAGCGCCCCCAUCAGUCGGACAUUCUCCGGGCGUUUAUUCUGUUGAAGUACGGCGGAGUGUACCAGGUAGGUAAUUUAAACGAAUUGACCAGCUUUCAUAUUUAAGAUGAAUCGAGACUCCACAUUGUUUAUAGCGCUGGAUAAAACUAUAUCUGACUUUAGAGCGCAAUAAUAUGCCCCCACCCCCCCCCCUUGGCUUGACGAGGAGGGCGCAAGUUAAGGAAGUUGAUGCCCUCAACAAACUGUACACAUGUCUGAUGAAUGACAGAGAGUCUAUUUCCUUUGUAACUUUGUCAUAAGCGGUCAUACAGCGUUUAUUAUUCCACGCCCAAAGUUCAAGAUCUCCUGUAUGGCUGCACAUUCCAUUAUCGCAUCUCCAAAAAUAGUUUAAUUUCCAAUAGAAAUAUGAUAGAUGUGACUUAAUGUUAGCGCACUUGGUUGGGUGGCCGACUGGUCUAAACUGACUCAUACAACACCCAAGUAGUGGAGUUCAAUCCCCGCUAAAAAGACAACAUCCCAAGUACCCCGGGAGGAUUGGACACGUUAGCAUUGGAAGGCAACUCAUAUAAGAGAAAGCUCACUCUGAAUUCAAACCAGGUGCCGAAAUGAUCACUAAAUUGAUCGUGGGCCCUCAAAUAUGAAAUAAAUGAAAGACCUGAAUAUGCGUUAGUACUAACACCUAUAGCAGAUAGAAGUUAAUUAAUACAAUCUUUAUGCAUGGGAGAAAUAGUUAUAUAAUCUGUCUAUAUUAGGUUUUUCUUUUCCAACUCUAUACUGAAUAAAUAAAAAAUAUAUUCCCCGCAGGACAAAGAUAUUUUCUGGACUACUCCAUUCAAUAAAGAACUUCUGAGGUACCCGACGAUCUUGUGCUACGAUUGGCCAAUUUACACCGAAUGGCCACGAGGCAUCAAUCUCGGACUCAUGAUGGCAAAGCGCAACGCGCCAUUUUUGAAACAUUUCUUGGAAUCGUUCUGGUCAGUGGAGCUUCUUGCACUCCGUAGCGACACCUAUAUUAAAAUUUUAUAUUAACCACUCAAAAAUAAAACCAGAACCGCCAUGGACGAAGCUGAUAACGCCCCCCCCCCCUUUUUUUAAAAAACAAUUAAGUUAAUAAAUAUAAUUUAAUUUUAAAAAAUGUAGUGUAAAUAUUUCGUGAAAAAUAGUUUUUAAAUGUGAAAGAACGAUAGGGGGGGGGGCAUUUUUAUUUGAUUAACAGUAUCCAAAAACCCAAUCAUUUAACACCUUUUGAAAAAUUUUAAUCUUAGAAAAUUGGAUACAUAAAUGUUUGCCAAAUAAAUACAAUUCGAGGGUGUCAAGAAAUACGGGUUAGAAUUAUCUUUAUUCAUCUUCAAAGGCUUUAAUCACAUACACGCACGCACUAACACAUUCAAUGUCCUUGAACCGUUACAUUGACCUCUCCUCUUGUCCUGUCUCCCUGACCUGUCACUCUGACAAGUCACCCUGACAUGUCACCUUGACCUGCCACCCUGACCUGUCACCCUGACCUGCCAGCCUUGACCUGUCACCCUGACCUGACACCUUAAACCUGUCACCUUUACCUGUCACCUUGCGCUGUCAUCUUAAACCUGUCACCUUUACCUGUCACCCUUGAUCUGUCACCUUGACAUGUCCCAUUGAUUCCCUCCAGGUACCAUGACGACAAGUCCUGGGGUUUUAACGGUAUUCAGAUGCCUUACAAGGUGUACGAGAGAAAUCCGGAAACUGCCUUGAUCUACGACAAACUGCAGGUAACUAUGACCCUGGUCGGGGAUUUCAUCUAAGCAUUGCGUCACGUAUGGGGACGUGGUCAAUACUUGAACCAAUUCCUGGCUUAAGUUGGCUUGUACAAAGGCACACCAUAGUGUGUUGGUUGGUUUAUACAUAGGCACAUAUUGGUGCUUUGAGUGGUUUGUUCAUAGGCACAUAUUGGUGCUUUGUUUGGUUUAUACAUAGUCACAUUUUGGUGCUUUGCGUGGUUUGUACAUAGGCACAUAUUGGUGCUUUGAGUGGUUUGUUCAUAGGCACAUAUUGGUGCUUUGUUUGGUUUAUACAUAGGCACAUAUUGGUGCUUUGCGUGGUUUGUACAUAGGCACAUAUUGGUGCUUUGAGUGGUUUGUUCAUAGGCACAUAUUGGUGCUUUGAGUGGUUUGUACAUAGGCACAUAUUGGUGCUUUGCGUGGUUUGUACAUAGACACAUAUUGGUGCUUUGCGUGGUUUGUUCAUAGGCACAUAUUGGUGCUUUGAGUGGUUUGUACAUAGGCACAUAUUGGUGCUUUGCGUGGUUUGUACAUAGGCACAUAUUGGUGCUUUGAGUGGUUUGUACAUAGACACAUAUUGGUGCUUUGAGUGGUUUGUACAUAGGCACAUAUUGGUGCUUUGCGUGGUUUGUACAUAGACACAUAUUGGUGCUUUAGGUGGUUGGUUUGUACAUAGGCACAUAUUUGUGCUUUGAGUGGUUUGUACAUAGGCACAUAUUGGUGCUUUGAGUGGUUUGUACAUAGACACAUAUUGGUGCUUUGAGUGGUUUGUACAUAGGCACAUAUUGGUACUUUGAAUGGUUUGUACAUAGGCACAUAUUGGUGCUUUGAGUGGUUUGUACAUAGGCACAUAUUAGUGCUUUGCGUGGUUUGUACAUAGGCACAUAUUGGUGCUUUGAGUGGUUUGUACAUAGGCACAUAUUGGUGCUUUGAGUGAUUUGUACAUAGGCACAUAUUGGUGCUUUGAGUGGUUUGUACAUAGGCAGAUAUUGGUGCUUUGAGUGGUUUGUACAUAGGCACAUAUUGGUGCUUUGAGUGGUUUGUACAUAGGCACAUAUUGGUGCUUUGAGUGGUUUGUACAUAGGCACAUAUUGGUGCUUUGAGUGGUUUGUACAUAGGCACAUAUUGGUGCUUUGAGUGGUUUGUACAUAGGCACAUAUUGGUGCUUUGAGUGGUUUGUACAUAGGCACAUAUUGGUGCUUUGAGUGGUUUGUACAUAGGCACAUAUUGGUGCUUUGAGUGGUUUGUACAUAGACAAAUAUUGGUGCUUUGAGUGAUUUGUACAUAGGCACAUAUUGGUGCUUUGAGUGGUUUGUACAUAGGCACAUAUUGGUGCUUUGAGUGGUUUGUACAUAGGCACAUAUUGGUGCUUUGAGUGGUUUGUACAUAGGCACAUAUUGGCGUUUUCGGCGGGGUGUUCCUAGAUCAAUAAUUAAAAACUGUAUUAUAAUCCCAUAAUAUUACACUGAUCAUAAAACUACAUGUAAACACAUCAAAUUAAACCAAAUUAAACCAUGUUACAUUAAACUACAUGUAAACCAGAUUAUAUUAAGCCACAUGUAAACCACAUUUCAUUAGACGACAUGUAAACCACAUUACAUUAAGCCGCAUGUAAACCACAUUCCGUUAUGCCACAUGUAAACCACAUUCCAUUACACAACAUAUAAACCACAUUACAUUAAGCCACAUGUAAACCACAUUCCAUUAUACUACAUGUAGACCACGUUUCAUUAUGCCACAAGUAAACCACAUUACAUUAAGCCACAUGUAAACCACAUUCCAAUAGACGACAUGUAGACCACGUUACAUUAUGCCACAUGUAAACCACAUUCCAUUAGACGACAUGUAAACCACAUUACAUUAUGCCACAUGUAAACCCUAUUCCAUUAGUCGACAUGUAAACCACAUAACAUUAUGCCACAUGUAAACCACAUUCCAUUAGACGACAUGUUGACCACGUUACAUUAAGCCACAUGUAAACCACAUUCCAUUAGACGACAUGUAAACCACAUUACAUUAAGCCACAUGUAAACCACAUUCCAUUAGACGACAUGUAAACCACAUUACAUUAAGCCACAUGUAAACCACAUUCCAUUAGACGACAUGUAAACCACAUUACAUUAAGCCACAUGUAAACCACAUUACAUUAAGCCACAUGUAAACCACAUUACAUUAAGCCACAUGUAAACCACAUUCCAUUAGACGACAUGUAGACCAAGUUACAUUAUGCCACAUGUAAACCACAUUACAUUAAGCCACAUGUAAACCACAUUACAUUAAGCCACAUGCAAACCACAUUCCAUUAGACGACAUGUCGACCACGUUACAUUAAAAUUUGACGUAAAACCCUAUCAUUCUGACCAGGUCAUCUGCUACAUGGGCGUGUGUCACCCUGUGUGGCACAACGAUUCCCGGCGACCUUUCAGUGAAAUACAUAGACCUACAAGUCCGUUUGACUUAAAUGAAACUUUUGGUAAGUAUUUUCAUUUACAAAAAAAUAUGUAUAUAAUUGAUGUAAAUUGAAGGAAACUUUGAAUGACUUUUUCCAUAUAAAAAUUAGAAUUUAUAUUAAACUGAAUGGAAUUUGUUCGAGUAUAUCCAUUAAAAAAUUGUCAAAUAUGUAAUAAAGUGUUGAUUCAAAUAUUUGAUGGACAGAAAAUAAAACGUUUAUUUUUUUAAAGUCUAGGGGGGGGGUAUAAAGGGGGUAAGAAAGGGGGAGAGGAGGAGGGAGGUUGAUAUGUAAUUUAUAAAUGGCUUUAUAUCCUCAAAAUAUUUUUUUAUCUUUUUCAAUUAUUUCUCUUCUGAUCCAGGCGCAGAAUUUUAGCAGGGCAAUAAUUAAACUCUCUUGUCUACUCAUGGAUAUCAUCCGUUAUACAGCUGUCUAUAAUCUAUCUAUGGAUUAUAUCCGUUAAACAGCUAUCUUUAAGCUACCCAUAUAUAUUAUCCGUCUAUUCAGCUGCUCUACAGCCUAUGGAUAUUCUCCGUUACAUAGCCACCUAUAAUCUACCCAUGGAUAGUAUUCGUUAUACACCUCUCCAUAAUCCACCUAGGGAUAAUAUACGUCAUACAGCCAUCCAUAAUCUAUGCUAAGGAUAAUAUCCGUAAUAAAUCAUCUGUUUCCAGCUAGCUUGGAUCAGGCUCCGAAGAAAAAAAACAACAACAACAUUUUUUACAAACUUUUCUUUUUUUCAGCCCUCCAUUUUACUUAUCCCAAGCCCGACCCCAGUUUGCUAUCUUACGACACCAUAAGAAACGGCACCAACUACGCUGCCGUGUUAGGUCAAAGGUUACUUGCCGCUCUGGAGAAAGCUGGGCGGUGGCAUUUGCUGGAUAAACGAAAUGACCUAAAAAUGGAUGCGGCCUAGAAUGAAAGGCACACAUAGAAUAAUAAAUGGAGUGUUGCACUUUGUAUUUUAUUAUUUUUUUUUUUAUAUCUUCAGUUUAAAUUAGAGGCAAUUAGAUAUAUAUAUAUAUAAAUGUAAAACAAAUAUUAAAACAUUAUCUUCAUCCGGAAGAUUCAUCACCACAAGAGCAACUCGCCUGCCAUGUGCUUGAUAAUUUAAGGUUUACAAGAUUGACUCAAAUUAGAAUUUAAAAUAUGUUUCUCAUAUUAAGAUUUCGAUUGCAAGUGCCAUAGUAUGUUAAUAACCA